CCGAUAGAAAUAAUAGAAAAAUACGUACUCCAUAAAUAUGAAGUUAUUAUAGCUGAAAAUGUAUGUGAGAAGAACAUUGGAAAUUGGUUCGGAGACAGUUAAAAAGAAAAAAAUGAAAAUCUACUUGGCCCAGAACUUAUUACAAUAACUUAAGUGAGGAUGAUCAAUGAAAAGGUAUCAAGAAUAAGGACUGAGGAAGUUUGUGACGAUGAAACUAGUGUAAAGAGAUUUAGACAGGAAAGAUAAAGGUAGGUAGACUGCCCCUUAUGGAUCAAGUAAACGUGACUCGGAACUUGACGAGCAAUGCGACGGAGGUUGAAGGCCAAGAAUGGACGCAGACGGUGAUGUUCAAGCUGCGGACCGCAAUACUGCUGCUGAUCGUAAUCAUGGCUGUGCUGGGGAACAUGCUGGUGAUAGUCAGUGUCAUGAGGCACAGAAAACUUCGUGUCAUAACAAACUACUUCGUCGUAUCACUAGCUUUUGCGGAUAUUCUCGUCGCCAUGGUCGUUAUGCCCUUUAACUUCAGCGUGCAAUUCUAUAACGAGUGGAUAUUCGGCUCCAUCAUCUGCGAUCUAUGGAAUUCAUCUGACGUGUACUUCACAUCGACUUCGAUCUUGCAUCUGUGUUGUAUAUCCGUUGACAGAUAUUACGCUAUCGUGAAACCUCUAAAAUAUCCAAUCAAAAUGACGAAAAAGAUGGCGUUUGUUAUGUUAGCAGCAACUUGGCUAAGUCCUAUAACAAUAUCAUAUGCGCCUAUUUUUAUGGGCUGGUACACGACCAGUUACCAUUUAAAAAACCGGAAACCAAAAGAAUGCGAGUUCAUAGUUAAUAAACCAUACGCAGUGAUAUCCAGCUCGAUAUCGUUUUGGAUACCAUGCACAAUAAUGAUAUUUACGUACUUUGCCAUUUUCAAAGAAGCAAAUCGUCAAGAAAAGGCACUUCAUGCCCGAGCUGGUAAUGCAAUGCUUAUGCAUCGCCAUUCAAGAGACGUCGGUGAUAAAAAUGGACUACAUAUCAACGCCAAUACUCCAACCAAAGAUAAGAAUAUUUUGAAAAUGAAACGAGAGCACAAAGCAGCGAGAACGUUGGGCAUUAUUAUGGGCGCAUUUAUCCUCUGCUGGCUGCCAUUUUUUCUAUUCUAUUUGUCGACAUCAUUAUGUGAUACUUGUGAAUACCCCGAAGUAGUGAGUGUAAUCAUGUUUUGGACUGGUUAUUUUAAUUCAGCGUUAAAUCCGAUUAUUUACGCGUACUUCAAUAGAGACUUUCGCAACGCUUUCAAGAACACAUUAGCUUGUGCGUUUUGUAGUUUUUGCCGUCGUGGAUCUCAUGAUUCGGAUGCGUUAGACAGAUUGGACAGGCGGGCCUCAGCCCAGUUGAGAGUGCCGCUCCCUUCUAGAAGAGCGUCAGACCUUGCGUCUCUUUGAAUAUCGCCACGGCGUGACGAAGUGACAGCCGUAUGACAGGCCUAGUGUCUCAACGAAAUACUUUACGACGUAACUAAUUCCGUAAGUGACUGAUUUAAGAACAAUGUAAUUAUUGCUGUAAAUAUUUUUAAAUGAAUCUCUCUAUUUUGAAUUGUUAGAUAUGGCCUUCAAGACAGUAAUUUUUAUCUUCGAUAUUUGAAAUAAUUAGUAUUCAAACUCUCAAAUAGUAGUUUUAACGGUAUUUGUUUCUCUAUGUGUUUUCAGUUUCUAUAAAGAGAUAUUAUGCUAUACUUUGAUUAUAUAACAUUUAAAUGUAUAUAGUUUGGUGUGUAAAUACUUAGAAAUUAGAAGUAAAUGAUUGUGGCUGAAUGGAUGGCCUAAAGCUAAAAAUAACAAGUUUUAAAAGGCACAUUGUAAAGGUACGUUGUAGAUACUACUUUUAUUAAAAGUAUGCAGUAAAUUAAAUUUUUUAGAAAUCACAAUGUAAAUAAAGAUAAGAAGUGGUUAUUAGGAAUAAGUAGAUGAUCAUAACAAAAUGAAUUUAGUUUUACGGCUAUGAUAAUAAGUUGACAUGUUUAAAAGGUUAAAGUUUGAUGGCUAUAGCCAUGAUACAUUUUUCGCUUAGUACUAACUAAGAGAAUUAGAAACCCAAUUAUAAGAUAGAGAGUGGUGGUGCUAAUACAGUUGGAGACAAAUCAUUAAACUAAAUUGAGUCAAGAGUAAUGGUUUAUUUUUAAGAUAACCAACUAUGUUUAGUUUAGAGAUUAUGUGAACUGUAUUAGAACCAGUGUAUUUUUUUAUUAAACUUUAACAAAGUAGAGAAUUUUAUUUAUUUAAUAGCGUAAACAUAAACAUGUUUUUUUUUAAAUGUAAUUAGCCUGUUUUCAAAUCACUAAUUUGACAUCAAAGUUCACGUUUAGCUUUGUAUUGAACUAAUGAACAGAUCUAACUUUUUGUUGAAUUUAAAUAAAUUUUGACUUAGUUAUUCGUUGAACCUCCUUUCCCUUAGCACCCACGGAUAAGAGGCGAAUUGUAAUUUCGAUGAUAAAGUUUUGUAUGCCGCCGGCGUUCAAGUUGUAAAUAAAGUUAAGAGUAAACUUAGAAAAGUAGAUAUUAUAAGUAGAUUAAGUAAAGAUAAUUUAUAGGAUAAUGUAUUUCAUUUUAAACAUUAAUAGAGAGAUAUGAUAAUGAUUAUGGGGACAAAUAACGCUUCAAUAGAAAAAUCGAGUUUUAAAAUAAUUGAUGUGCUAUUUAUUAACUUUAACAGACCGAUUAGAUUUUGGUGUGUUGGUGUCGUGUUUACCAAUAUCUGUAGACAUUUUAAUACUAACCUUGACUAAUUCGAUGGAUAAUUGCGAUUUACGUCUAAAAUUUUGAGCAGCGUGAGAUGUUGUGCAUGUAGAUUUUUAAGACACAAAAUUAUAAAU